AUGACACAUGAAGACCUUGCCGCUCUGUUCUCGCGCAACCUGGUUCUUCAACAGCAACCCAUCCAGUCCAGGGAGGAGCCGAAGCCGGAGCCGGAGCCGGAGCCGAUUACUUACUCCAUCUCCCAGCACUAUACUCACUCUGCUCACAUCUUAAACGAGCCCGAGCCUGUUGUCGAGCGGGAGAGGCCUUCUUCAGAGCCCCCGCAAACUCAACAACCCUCGGCAGAACUCAUCCUUACCCAUCAUGGCGUAGACCCUGCAGCCCUGUCGUCGUCUCAGAUGGAGCUCUUCAAGACCGCAGAAGAAGGCCAGAAACUACGGCUGAUUGAGCUCUGGCGCAUAUGCCCUCCCUCCAACCCGCAAGAGAACCUAGCUUCGGCAUGGUCCAACACAUCGGUCGAGCAGGAGGAGAUGCUUGCCCAGCUUCGGUACGAGCGCAAACUUGAGGAGGAUGCUCAGAAGCAACACCAGAUGAGCAUGGAUGGCACACCCCUGACCCCCGUCCAAACCGGCCAGGGCGAGUGGUCCGGUACCAUUUCCUACAUGGAGCCAUACAUGAUGUCAGGGUAUGAAGAGAUGGCACGCCGGGAGUAUGAGGAGUCUGUAAGACGCCAACAGGAGGAAGCCAUGAACAGACCUAAGAAUGUCUAUUCUCAUUUCGGCUCAGCAGUAGGAGGCCCUACCUACCGGCCAGCUACCGAUCCGGUUUACAACAGCGACUGGACCAGACAACAGCAAGCGAUGGAGAACCAGUACGGAGCAUUUCAGAUGGGAGGUGACAUGGAGUUGUAG